AUGGAGUCCACAGCUCUGGUAUCGAGGCUUUCAUCCGCCCUCCCACAGGAUCUAGACAUCAAAGCCUAUUAUCUGUCCUCCGAGCCAACUUCAACCAAUGCACUUUUCUCACCUCUGCCGGGCGACACCGAAGAGCAUACCACCGGCGAGUCACACUUUCUCGCCAUUUCCUCGCCUGGGCACGAUGAUGUCAAGGAAGUUCUGGUAUUCGCAAUUGAAAUUCUCAUUUUCACCAGGGACAACCUCACCACACUCUUUGUGUCCAAGGCCGAUUCAUCCGGCUUCUCUUCACGACUGAAAGCCUCGAAAGGAUUCCCAUCUGUGGUAUCAACAAUCAUCUCGGCGUUUGUGGAUUAUCUACUGGAACCGAGACUCAAUCGAUCUAGGGUUGUGCUCUCGCUCUUUGCCCGAUCACAGAAUCAAUAUCUUUUCCCAGGCAGCAUUGAAAAUCCUGGGAAACACGUAUUGGAUGACCGGCAGCUUAUCAAGUGGUGGUGUAGAGUAUUGGAUCCCGUGCUACGCCUUCACAGCGAUAGUUCGGAUCCCCCUUUCAAAUCAUCUGCUCAUCUGGUCGUGCCAGGAUGCGACAGAGGAGAGACCAAAGCUUUCUUCCCGCCAUCAAGCCGUCGAGACUCGACAUCUUCUCCCAAAUGGAUCAACUCUUACCCAGUUGAGUUGCUCGUAGCAGAUGCCUCGCGACCCCCGCGGCACUUGGUACCUCGCUUCCCAGACGACCCCAAAUCCCGAUUUCUAGACGAUCUAGACGGCGAGUUUGUCGACAAUCAAGGAAACUGGCGAAGUAUUAAAACUCUCGACCACUUCUGGGAGAUGAUGUCUUAUCGCCAGGAAUGCUCUGCUGGAAGAUUGGUUGGUUUUCUAUGGCUCGUCUUCUCACCAGGCCAGACGAUUCAUGCCGCCCUGGCCACCUUAGACCCGCUCAACAAAGAAGGGUCUGCAACGACAUCCGAAAAUAAUGUACCGUUGCCGACCCCCGGUAAUUCGCAAGCUCAAGACCAUGGCGAAGAGAAAAUUGGUGAGAUUCCCUCGGCCGAUGUGGGUAAUGAAAUCAACAAACUGGUCUCGCCACCUUCGUCUUCACCCGGUCCUGUUCCUCAAGAACUGCCUUCCCUGUUCAAAUCUGCAAUUGGUGCCUCCAACAAUCACAGCACUUCACAUACCAGAAACAAGGUAGAAGAACACAUUCUUCAGGCUCAUUCAAAGCAGUCGAGUGCAACACAAGGCCAGCUUGUCCUCAACCCUAGUCAAUAUCAGACUUUGAUGGAUCACCUUCUACAAAUAGACUUCGCCGGUGAGGAGAAAGCCGCCGAGAGUACUAUGUCCUGGAUCGGAAAGGCCCUCGAGCUGACCGGCACUUCCACAUUUGGGCUGCGUAUUCGAGGGGAACGCGUCUUGGUUCAACCCGACGAACCCGAAACAGCAAACGCAACUCCGAUCAACAUGCUGACAUCGGUGCGAAAGAAACGAAAAGCCGACAAGACUGACGAGAACCUUACAGAUCCCAAAACCGUGGAUUCGAAUUCUGCGUCCUCGGCGAUGCUUCUCUCUGCUGGAAUGGUCCGGAAGAAACCCAAAGGAUGA